AUGGCCGCCGACCGCACAUGGAUCUCCGACGGGCUCAUCCGCAUGACGGGCGCGACGGACGCGACGCUGGUCGACUUUGUCGCGGCGACGGCGGCGUCGGCGGCGACGUCGGCGCGCGGCCCCGCGCAGCUGCGCGACAGGCUGGCCGACCUGCUCGAGGACGCGGUGGCGCCGGCGGAGCUGCAGCGGUUUGCGGACGAGCUGUUUGCGCGGACGGCUGGGGGGACGGCCGGGAAGAAGAAGGGAUCGGGUGGUAGUGGUGCAGGUGGUGCCGGUGGUGCGGAGACGCGGGAUGCGGUUGGGUCGGGUGGGAAGGCGGUGGGGAAGAAGAAGAAAUAUGCGUUGGUGGAGAUGGAGGAUGAGGAUGAGGGUGGGCCGUCGGCGCCUGUGUCUGCGAAGACGGGAGAGAAGAAGGAUAGGUCGGAGCGGAGGAAGGAGAGGAAGAGGGAGAGGAGCAGGGAGAGGGGGGAGAAGAGGGAGAGGAGUCGGGAGCGGGGUGGUGCAGGGAGGGAGAAGAAGGUGCGGAGGAAGGGCGACGGCGAGUGGGAGGAUAGGUGGGGCGAUGAGGAGUACUAUGAAGAGGACGAGCCGCUCGAGGAGUCGAGUCAGAAGCGCGUGAGGCUGGAUGAUGGGAGAGCGUCGCCCGCGCCCCCGGCGGAGCAGGAGGAGGAGGAGGAGCUUGACGAGGCUGAGAGGGACAAGAGGGAGAGGGAGGAGUUUGAGAAGCGGUUAAGGCAGAGAGAUGACAAGGAUACGAAGAAGGUCGUCGAGGACCGCACACAGGCAAAGGACGCGGCGCGGAGGAGAGCGCUGGCGGACGAUGAGCAGGCCAGGGAGGCCGCCCUGGGUGAUUUGCGGCUGCGCUCGCGGCAGGAGUACCUCAAGAAGAGAGAGGCGGAGCAGCUUGCGUUGCUCAGGAAGCAGGUUGCCGAGGAGGAGCAGGAACAGCAGAGAGCGGCCCCUGGCGAGUUGACCCAGACGGAACUCGACGAAUUCGCGAGGAACAGAGAAACCUUACGCUUGGCCGAAGAGCGGCUUCGCGUCGACGAGCAUACCGACGGGUACGCGCUUCCCGAGGACUACAUCACGGAGAAGGGCAAGAUCGACCGGAAAAAAAAGGAAGAGGCUCUCUACAAGCGCUACGUCGACCGCGACGAGUACGGCCGGGAGAAGUACGUCACGGAACAAGAAGAAUGGGAACGAGAACAGGCUGCAAAGGCCAAAGCCCAAAUAUUGCGUCCGGAGCGUGUCAAUGAAGGCGAUUACGAGUUUGUCUUUGAUGACACACAGAAGAUCAACUUUGUCAUGGACCAACCUCUUCCCGGAAAGAUGAGCAAGGAGCAGCAACGGCUAGCGGCGCAGAUCAGUGUUGCUGAGGCAAAGGCCAAGUCGAUCGAAGAGACUCGAAAGAGUCUGCCCAUCUACACAUGGAAAGAAGGUUUGAUGGACGCAAUUGCAAACUACCAGUGCGUCGUGGUCGUUGCAGAAACCGGAUCUGGAAAGACGACACAGAUUCCGCAGUUCCUGCACGAAGCCGGGUACACGUCAAAAGAGGAGAACGGGAAGCCCAAGAAGAUGGUUGCAUGCACGCAGCCGCGAAGAGUUGCCGCCAUGUCCGUUGCCGCGCGUGUGGCUGAAGAAAUGGGGGUCAAACUUGGCAAGGAAGUGGGCUACAGCAUUCGGUUCGAAGACAACACAGAUCCGAAGAACACGAUUGUGAAGUUCAUGACGGAUGGUAUGCUUUUGCGGGAGUUCCUGACGGACCCGUCUCUCGAGAGCUACAGCGCCAUCAUCUUGGACGAGGCCCACGAGAGAACCUUGGCUACCGACAUCCUCUUUGGCCUGCUCAAGGAUAUUGCUAGAUUCCGGCCGGAUCUGAAGCUGAUCAUUUCUUCGGCUACGGUCGACGCUCAAAAGUUCAGCGAGUACUUUGACGAUGCUCCCAUCUUCAACGUGCCCGGCCGACGAUUCCCCGUCAGCAUCUACUACACCCCACAGCCGGAGGCGAACUACCUGGCUGCAGCCGUCACCACGGUCUUCCAGAUCCACCUGAGUCAACCGCGCGGUGAUGUGCUCGUCUUCUUGACAGGCCAGGACGAGAUUGAGACCAUGGCGGAAGAUCUGGCGGAAACAAGUAGGAAGCUCGGCUCUUCUGCGCCGGAGCUUAUCAUCUGCCCGAUUUAUGCCAACCUACCUCAGGAAGAACAGGCCAAAAUCUUCGAGCCCACGCCGCCGGGCAAGGCCAGGAAGGUGGUGCUCGCUACCAACAUUGCUGAGACGUCCUUGACCAUUGAUGGCAUCGUGUAUGUCAUCGACCCUGGGUACGUCAAGGAGAAUGUAUACAACCCUCGGACUGGCAUGGAGUCCCUCGUUAUCACCCCGUGUAGCAGGGCUUCGGCCAACCAGCGGGCUGGGCGUGCAGGCAGAGUCGGACCCGGAUUUUGUUUCCGUCUAUUUACGCGCUACGGAUUUCACACAGAGAUGGACGCCAACACUACGCCGGAAAUCCAGAGAACCAACCUCUCCAGCACGGUGCUGUUGUUGAAGAGUUUGGGCAUCAACGACUUGGUCGGAUUCGACUUCAUGGACGCACCUCCGGCUGACACGCUGAUCCGGUCAUUGGAGCUUCUGUAUGCGUUGGGUGCUCUAAACGACAAGGGCGAGCUCACGAAGAGGGGCAGACAGAUGGCAGAAUUCCCGGUGGAUCCAAUGGUGUCUGCGGCAAUUCUCAAGGCGGACCAGCUGCAAUGCGUGGAAGAGGUGUUGAGCAUUGUGUCGAUGCUCGGCGAAUCUGCGGCGCUCUUCUUCCGACCCAAGCAGCAGAAGAUCCAUGCGGAUUCGGCGCGGGCACGCUUCACGAUCAAAGAGGGCGGCGACCACCUCACGCUGCUCAACAUCUGGAACCAGUGGGUGGACUCGGACUUCAGCUUCGUGUGGGCCAAGGAGAACUUCCUGCAGCAGAAGUCCCUGUCUCGAGCGCGCGACGUGCGGGACCAGCUGGCGCGUCUCUGCGACCGGGUCGAGGUGACCAUCUCGUCGUGCGGGGCCAACGACUUGCAGCCGAUCAUGAAGUCGCUGGUGGCGGGCUUCUUCCCCAACACGGCGCGGCUGCAGCGCGGCGGCGACAGCUACCGCACGGUGAAGAACGGCAUGACGACGUACAUACACCCGUCGUCGGUGCUGACCAAGACGGGUGACAGCCCGCACCGGUUCGUCAUGUACUACGAGCUCGUGCUGACCAGCAAAGAGUACAUGCGCAACGUCAUGCCCAUCCCGACGCCGGCGUGGCUCAACGAGGUGGCGCCGCACUACCACAAGGUGAAGGACCUGGAGGGCCUGGGGGCGGAGAACAAGAAGAUGCCAAAGGGACAGAAGCUGUAG